UCCCACCUCACGCGCCUCGCUACCGAUUCCUUCCACUCGCUCCCACCCCACCCCACCUCACCUCGCCGCCCAAGGGGGGAACCGCCGCGGGCCUGAACCCUAGCCAUGGCGAACUCGUCGGCGGCGGCCGGGCCUUCCUCCUCGUCCUCGCCGCAGGCCGGCGGGGGCGGGGACGCGCCGCAGCAGCGCCGACCCCCGCGCGCCGGCUCCGACCCGCUCCUCAUCGUCUGCGGCUGCUUCAGCGUCGUCACGGCCGCCACCGCGCUCCUCUGCGUCGCCGUCAACGUCCUCUCCGCCGUCCACGCCUUCCGCGCCGGCUCCAACAUAUUCGGGGGCAUAUUCCGGUGCUACGCGGUGGUGUUCUCGCUCUUCGUCGGCGUCCUCGAGACCGAAUGGGGAUUCAUCAUCAAGUUCUGGAAGAUAUUUGAAUACUGGCCUGCACGGGGAAUGCUACAGAUCUUUGUUGCUGUCAUGACAAAGGCAUACCCAAGUAUUGAAAGGAAUGAUCUGAUUUUGCUCCAGGAGAUUGCCAGCUAUAUGCUUCUUACAUGUGGAGCUGUCUAUGUUAUCUCGGGGAUAUUGUGCAUCGGUGUGCUAAAACGUUCUAGGCAGCAGAAAGUGACAUCAAGGGAGCAAGCAGUCAAGGAUCUGCAGGAGCUGGAGAGACGGAGAGAAGAACUUGAGGCGCUGUUAAUUGCUGAGCGGUCUGAGGCUCUGAGCUGGUCUGAAGGCUGACCACAAUGAUCUAAUGUCUCUCUUCUGUUGUAGAUAACUGUCUUUUCUGAUGAUAGCAUACUGCUUGGUGAUGGCGUUCAUCCAGAAGUCAUUUUUGUUGAAGUGUAUCUUCAUUAGUUCCUCUGUAAGUGUGAAUCCUUGAUUCUACUUGUUUUAUUACUGAUGCAGAAUUAUGGAUGUUUGUUGCUAACGCGAUGCUAUUAACGGACAGGUUUUGGGCGAGGCAACGGUUCUGCCACUGCGUCGCCGGGCCGGGCGGCAUCCCCAGGUUCGAGAAGGCCAUCUGCGAGCUCGCGGCACUGCCGUCGGUGGUGCUGUCGUGGGGGCAACCGUUGCACUCGCACCCCGAGCCGGCGGCGAUCUACCGCUUCCACCACUGCCCAGAGCGCGGCAGCGUCCCUGAGCAUGGGCACGAGCUCGCCAGCGAGGUGGAGCGACAUGACCCUGUCGGUGCCGCCGAUGAAGACGGCAGGGACGGCGGACAACCUUCUCCCGCCGAGCAUCUUGAGCAGCGCGCGCUCCAACUCCUUUCCACUGGGGUCGCUGUCCAGCUCGUGCACCAGCGGGUUCACGCCCAGGUCAGCCAUCAGCCGCCUCACCGUGUGGGACAUGACGCAGGAACUCAGCGUGAACACCACCACCGCACGCUUCGACGCCAGCUCCAUCACCCUAUAGAAUCAGCAGAGAAGAAAAAAAAAAAUUACCGACACAUAAGGGUUUGUUCGGUUAGACAUGAAUUCAUUCCGAACUCGGGAUGAUAGAAACAAUAAGAAAUAUAACAAGAGAUCAGGUUUCAUUCCGAGUCAAAAGCUAAUUGCUAUAAAAUAAGCUUAUGAUAAAGACAGGGAAUUAACUCUAGAGGUGUGGAAUCAAUCCCGUUCUCUUGUUGUACCAAUUAUGGGUCUAUUUAUUGCAACUAUUUUUUUAUCCGGGAUGAAUUCGGAUCUCUUGUUAUAUUUUUUAUUGUUUCUAUC